UUUAAAUUGAAUUGAAUGGGAAAUGUUACAGGCCGAGUAUAUUCUGGAUCUACAGAAACAACUUACUUUGAUAGGCAGUGAAGCAAGAAGGGAAUCUAAUGGUACCCUUUCUUCAUCCGAGGAUUCUAUACCUAGCAUGACUACUGUAGACAAGCUCCGAGCACAAUUGGAUGAUGCUAUAGCUAGUGAAUGCCCAUUUUGUGGAGAAUUGAUGAUCCGAGAGAUUUCUUUGCCUUUUAUACUUCCUGAGGAAGACCAUCAUGUUGCAUCUUGGGACAUCAAACCAAACGUUGCAUCUGGACCCCAGAGGAGUAUUUCCCUGCCUGUUUGAUUUGGAUAAAUUGUUGCUGAUACUACACCAAUGUAACAUUAGCUCAGUGUGUUUUUUUCUGUUAUUCUUUAAUCCAUUUUCUCUCUGUUUACAUUCUCUUCCCAUGUUAGUGUUUACUGUUUAUGUAAUGAUUUUGAUUUCCAGGGUAAUUUUAUUGACCCAAUCCCCAUUGUAAAUCCUGUGCCUUAUUGUAGCCUUUUUGUUACACCAAUUUUUGUUCCUAUACAAUUUGAAUAUAUUCCUUUUCCUGAUAAAAUUUUCUCUCUUACUAUUUCUUGAGUAAAA